UGAAAAUUCGUGUUAUUUUCAUCAGUCAUGAAGAGUUUUGCUUGUGAUCCAUUGAUAUUUUACAGUUUCUGAUUAUCCAAUCAGACAUAUGAGAAUGAUUACAACAUUAUUGUGAAAAACUAUCUAAUUUAUGAGACUAUUUCUUCAUGAUAUAUCCAUCGAGUUGAAAUACGAGAAGGUAUGUAAAUAACGUGAAUGAUUAACAGUGUUUGCUUUCAAUGACUGGUUCGUUUGGUGGAUGGUCCAGUCAUUAGUUGGAUGAAAUGAUUGAUGUAAGGUAACGUUCGGAAGGUAUAAACAAUAUUUCAAAUCAAUAAAUUAGAUUUUAGCAGACUGUUAAAGCAUUACGGAUAUGGAGAAUAAGAUUUUUCCUAAUUCCAUGAAUAGUAUUGACCGAGCUUCCAAAGGAAACUUUCCGCAAUCUAUUGGUGAUGGAAAAUACUGUAUGAAUCUCUGCAAUGGGGAUACUGAAAUAAAGAAUGAGGAGGAUAGUACAAUCUUCAAUUUUGACUCUUUAAACUUAUCUCAGCCUGAGAGUGAUACUUCUCGCGAUGUGGAAUUGUCUAGAAGCUUCGAUUUUUUCUUGGAAGGAGAAAGACUAGUAUCAUCUCUCUGCGGGCCAAAAAUAGAAGAGAAAAACUCUCGCAAUACAUCUAAUGACCGAAGUUCUGACAAAUGUCCAGAGCAUGGAAGUACAGGACUGUUUGAGAUAAAUGAUGAAAAAUAUAUCGCUCCCGAUAGGUUUCUGAGCUCGUUAAUGCCAAUCACUGUUAGGGAAAGUGAUUGUCUCUCAAAAAAUAAUAUGAUAGAUUCAACAGAUAAAGACUCUCAAUCAAAAGCACUGACAAGAAACCCGACCGAGCAUACAUCAAGAGAAUUCACCGAGGAUAAAACCGAAUCUCAAAUGAAAAUGCCUACCUUUCUUACAGAUUACCCUUCCUCAAAUAUGAAAGACGAAUUCAAAGCGAAACCAUAUUUCAAAAACUCUGGUCUUAUUCGAAGAAGUCCCAUUUUGGAUCUGAGAAAGAGUGACGAUGGAAAUCAUCCUGGAAGAAAACUUGAGAGAUUUUCACUCUUCAAGAUGAAUGAUUUGGAAGUGAAGAUACCUUUUCAGUAUGACCUGCUUGAAUCGAAGAACAAAAUUGAUUUUCCGGCACUCAGUGCAGGCGGUAGUGAUGAUUUGCAUUGUUCUGAAGCAGAAACUAAAAUAUUGACUCGUUCAAAUGAUUAUGCUCUUUGCUUUACAGAUAAUUCAAAAAAUAUUGGAAAUAAGUGUUUGGGAGCUAUUGGUUGUAAUCAGACUGGGCAUUGUGAUGAUGAGAUCUCAUUUAGAAAGUCAGCUAUUGGAGGAUGUUUAAUGUUCGAACAGAUAAUUCGUGAUUUUCAACUGAAAUCAAAUGAAUGCGACCUUGAAAGUUAUUGCAGAACUGUGAAGAGGUGUGUAUCGAUAGCCAACAAUUUGGAAAACACAGAGCUGGUUUCCAUGAUGACGCAGAUGAUUCUUUGCUCUCUAAAGCUGGCUGAUUCCUGGAGUACAUUAAAUUCAUAUUUUGGCACCAACAGCAAACAAAAACAGAAAAGUGAAGAUGACUGUCAUUUGCUCCAGCUAUUCAAGCAGUGGCAAGUAGGUUCCAAAUCAAUUCUUGAUUGCUUAUUAGUUGUGAUUCAGAAUUUGAAAAGCUGCAUCCCCAAAGUGGAGAAUCCGACAAACAAAAGCUCCGCCAAACCUGCAACCGAGACCAACCCUUUUCUCAAUAUGAAAAAAUUACAAUUCGAUUCGGGUAAAUCUGUUUUCCAAUCUGACAAAGAAAAAAGCUCGAGUUCAAUCAAACAACAACAAGGAAAUCAACCUGGAAAUUCAAGAAUGAGUCACUUUUUCGAUUGUAUCAAUUCAAAAAACACAAGUUUGCCUCAGGAGAAUAAUGAUCCAUCAAACUUAUUGCUUGAGAUUCAACAAAAGGCUCAAAGUCUUGUUACAACUAAGAAAACAACAGAAGAGAAGAAAACAAAGAAGAAGUGGAUUCCUCCUUCGCUGGAAAACAAAAUACCAAAUGCAGCUUCCAACCGUAUUUCGGGACAAGGCAUCGGCUUCACAGCACCAAAUCAAACAGAACAGCCCAUGACUCUAUUCAAUAGUAGCCUUAGUACUCCGAUGGUGAACAAAUCUAUCUUUGAAAAUGUUCCAAUUCCCACUAUGAAUUUAAUGUUCAACCCUUUCAAUACGGCAAUACAGAAUACCACCGUUAACGCUAACUCCAAAGACUACAAUGCGAUUCCUCACAUCAACUUCAUGUAUCCACAAACUGGCAUGAACUUAAAUUCAAAACCGGCAGUACAGGAUAAGGAUGCCAAUAAUAUUUUGAAAAGUCAUGAACUACCGAGUCAAAGUUCUAUUACCAAUCAAAUUCCAGGACUGAAUAGAAAUAACCUGUUAAACCAACAGCAAAUGAGUUUGAUACCUUUUCAGCCAAAUUUCAACUACCAGCCAUUUAGCUUUCCAAACGACCAGAAAAAUGAAUUUCUCUAUAGAACAAACUACUGUUUUCCUGAUGGAAAGAUGAUGCCACUACAAUCUGGAGGACCUCCUCAACCACCAACGGCUCCAUUCUUCUAUCCUUCAUUUUGUGGCAAUGCCAUGCAUCAAAUGGACAAUUUCAAUAAUAAAUUCAUUCACAAUAAUGAUAAAAGACAGAAAAGUCUUGUUGAAAACUCGGAUGGAGAUGAAAAUAGUGAGGGAUUUUAUGAAAUAAAAUCCUACAUGAAGCCUGGCUCCUAUAAAGUGCCCAACAAGAACACAUUCAACACGGCUACGCCCAACGACAAUCUCAAUUAUAUUUUCGAAGAUAUUGUUGUGACAGGAAUAGCAGUGCCUCUCACCAAAACUGAAUCAUUCUCGCCUUCUAAGAAGACUAAUUCGAAGACAAUUGUCACUGCAAAGAAAAGUCCACCGUCUGGUGGAUCUAAACCGAGGGACUCAGUGUGGAGAGCAGCAGUCGCCUCAGCUGAAGCCAUCGGAAAACUGGUUGAAAACCUCAAACAACCGACCAGUCAAGAGGCAACAGAUGGAGAGAACGGAGGAUCAAAUCAGGGCAGUUCCAAAGCUAGUGCCACGGAAAGCGCUCUCUGUUCGAGCUCAGAAACUGAUUCAAAGGAAGGUGAUUCCCCAAGUAAGAGCGAGUAAGGUGCAGUGAAACAUAAACAUGAGCUUCAUCAAGUUUUGAACAUUGAUUGAAAUAUAUCAACUUUCCGUAUGAAUUCGAAUCUGUAUGCAAUUAUGCUAUUAGCUUGAAAAAUAUCUAUUCUUUGAGCACCUUGACUUGGAUGCUUUUCUAGAUACUAAUUGAUAGAUUUACAAUCACCAGUGAAGCAAAAACCCUUCUCUCAUCUUAUAUAAUUUCAAUUUUCAUCCAAUUUCAUUCCUGAUUAUGAGAAAUUUUGUGUUAAUGAGAUUAUAUUAAUCCCAAUUACAUAAAUGAUUAGCC